AUGCACUACCCAGGAGAGUUUCAUCAGUUCUGCUCACGGGACCUGAGCUUGAAACCCAACUCAUUGAAAUCCGCCUUUUGGCACCUGCCGCGCGGGAGGCCAGCCGAUGGCCCUCGUGGGAAAGGACUUCCUCGGCUUCUCUCGCAGCAGGCCAGGGCAGCUUCCAUGCGGCUCUGUGGGGGUCGAGGGGGGCCCCUGCGCCCCCAUCCCCGGGGGACCGAGGGGGGCCCCUGCGCCCCCAUCCCCGGGGGGUUCGAGUGGGGCUCCUGCGCCCCCAUCCCCGGGGGACCGAGGGGGGCCCCUGCGCCCCCAUCCCCGGGGGGUUCGAGUGGGGCUCCUGCGCCCCCAUCCCCGGGGGACCGAGGGGGGCCCCUGCGCCCCCAUUCCCAGGGGGACCGAGGGGGGCCCCUGCGCCCCCAUUCCCAGGGGGACCGAGGGGGCCCCUGCGGCCCAAUCCCCAGGGGGACCGAGGGGGGCCCCUGCGCCCUCAUCCCCGGGGGGUUCGAGGGGGGCCCCUGCGCCCCUAUCCCCGGGGGACCGAGGGGGGCCCCUGCGCCCCCCUCCCCGGGGGGUUCGAGUGGGGCCCCUGCGCCCCCAUCCCCGGGGGACCGAGGGGGGCCCCUGCGCCCCCAUUCCCAGGGGGACCGAGGGGGGCCCCUGCGCCCCCAUUCCCAGGGGGACCGAGGGGGCCCCUGCGGCCCAAUCCCUAGGGGGACCGAGGGGGGCCCCUGCGCCCCCAUCCCCGGGGGGACCGAGGGGGGCCCCUGCGCCCCCAUUCCCAGUGGGACCGAGGGGGCCCCUGCGCCCCUAUCCCCGGGGGACCGAGGGGGGCCCCUGCGCCCCCAUCCCCGGGGGGGGUUCGAGUGGGGCCCCUGCGCCCCCAUCCCCGGGGGACCCCUGCACCCCCAUCCCCCGGGGGACCGAGGGGGGCCCCUGCGCCCCCAUCCCCGGGGGACCCCUGCACCCCCAUCCCCCGGGGGACCGACGGGGGCCCCUGCGCCCCCAUCCCCGGGGGGACCGUGGGGGGCCGCCUGCGCCCCCAUUCCCAGGGGGACCGAGGGGGGCCCCUGCGCCCCCAUUCCCAGGGGGACCGAGGGGGGCCCCUGCGCCCCCAUCCCCGGGGGACCGAGGGGGGCCGCCUGCGUCACCUCGGAGAAAUCUCGCGAACCUGUUGGUGGGGCAACAAAGCGUCUAGCUGGCGUCCCCGCGUGUAGGAAGGCUGAUCCUCCAAUGGCUCGCGAGGGUUUCCCCAAGGAUUUCCCUAAGGGUUUCCCUAAGGGUUUCCCUAAGGGUUUCCCUAAGGGUUUCCCCAAGUUUUUUUCUAAGAGUUUCCCUAAGGGUUUCCCUAAGGGUUUCUCUAAGGGUUUCCCUAAGGGUUUCCCCAAGGGUUUUUCUAAGGGUUUCCCUAAAGGUUUCCCCAAGGUUUUUUCUAAGGGUUUCCCUAAGGGUUUCCCUAAGGGUUUCCCCAAGGAUUUUUCUAAGGGUUUCCCUAUGGGUUUCCCCAAGGUUUUUUCUAAGGGUUUCCCUAAGGGUUUCUCUAAGGGUUUCCCUAAGGGUUUCCCCAAGGAUUUCCCUAAGGGUUUCCCUAAGGGUUUCCCCAAGGGUUUCUCUAAGGGUUUCCCCAAGGGUUUUUCUAAGGGUUUCCCUAAGGGUUUCCCCAAGGUUUUUUCUAAGGGUUUCCCUAAGGGUUUCUCUAAGGGUUUCCCUAAGGGUUUCCUCAAGGGUUUCUCUAAGGGUUUCCCUAAGGGUUUCCCUGAGGGUUUCCCUAAAGGUUUCCCUAAGGGUAUCUCUAAGGGUUUCCCUAAGGGUUUCCCUAAGGGUUUCCUCAAGGGUUUCCCUAAGGGUUUCCCCAAGGGUUUUUCUAAGGGUUUCCCCAAGGGUUUCCCUAAGGGUUUCCUUAAGGGUUUCUCCUAG